AACUCCCCUUUUGGCCUUUCCACUUUUCCCAACAGCUCUCUCUUUUCUCACUCAGAAAAAUUUUCCGGCAAAAGAGAAUAGAUUUUGCGUUCCAAGGAAAGAAUUUUCUUUGUCAAUCAAGAAAAGGGUCUACGGCAAACGAACCCGAGUCGGGGCGCCGAGGAGGCUUCAAUGUGGACUAGCGACAAGAAUUUUCCGGCGAGGGGGUUCUCCACGCCUCCUCCGCCGCCCGGAAAGUCGAGGCGGUGGUCACCAGGGUCUCCAAUGUGGCCAAUGUCGGAGAAGAAGAGGUCAUCGCCCCAGACCAAAGCCGAUCUCUUCCAUAUCAUCCACAAAGUUCCUGCCGGCGACUCACCCUACGUAAGAGCCAAGCAUGUUCAGCUGAUAGAUAAGGACCCCAACAAGGCGAUUUCCUUGUUCUGGGCAGCAAUAAAUUCUGGUGAUCGAGUUGAUAGCGCGCUGAAAGACAUGGCAGUUGUAAUGAAGCAACUGAACCGAUCUGAUGAGGCAAUUGAGGCAGUUAAAUCUUUUCGCCAUCUAUGCCCCCCCGAAUCUCAGGAAUCUCUCGAUAAUAUUCUUCUUGAACUCUACAAGAGAUCUGGAAGGACCAAAGAACAGAUUGAAAUGCUUGAAAUUAAGGUGAAGAACAUUGAAGAAGGGAUGGCUUUUGGCGGGAAGACUACAAAGUAUGGCAGAUCUCAAGGGAGGAAGAUUCAAAUCACAGUUGAACAAGAGUACUCAAGGUUGUUAGGGAAUUUGGCCUGGGCCUACAUGCAGCAGAAAAACUUUAAAUCUGCCGAAGAACUUUAUAGAAAGGCUCUAUCUCUAGAGCCAGAUAAGAACAAGCAGUGCAAUCUGGCAAUCUGCUUGAUGCAUAUGAACAAGCUCACAGAAGCCAAGUUUCUUCUUCAUACAAUACGAGCUUCCUCUGAAGGUGCACAGGUUGAUGAUUCAUAUGGUAAGUCAUUUGAGCGCGCCACCCAGAUUCUAGCUGAAUUAGAGUCUCGGUCAAUUUGCGAAGAAGAGAACGAUAAGGAGAUCCUAACACCUAUCUCAUCAUUUGUUCAUGCAAACUUGAAAGAAUUCUCUACUUCUGAGAAAGGAGAACAGAAUUAUGUUUCUGCCUCUAGAAGGUCAGUUUCCGGACGCGACAAGGAAGCAUUACGAAUGGAUGAACAGAAUAGAGAAUCCUGUUCUCGGGGGAAACAUGAGAAUUCUUGUUCUGACACAAGAAAUUCAAAUUAUCGAUUAUAUAGACAAGGCAACCGUACAGAGGUUUGUUCUUCCUCACGGGUUAAUUCGAGAAAAGGAACUGACAGAGAAAAACUAAGUGGGAGAAGAGCUGACCUUUGUAGGAAUAGGAAUGAUAAAUGGUUUAGUGCUGGUGGAAUGGAACAAGGUUCAUUCUGUAGGAUGCCAAAUGCAUCUCCGUUUUCAGCCACACAACUCCAGAAAGUUCCAUCCACACAGCCAAGAAGAUGUUCACCGUCUUCCAUUGGUGGAUUCAGGGGAGACGGUGGAGUUGGUUGUUGUAACCGUAAAUUAUCAUUCAAGCAACCUAUGGCUGAUGAAAGUCUGCGACUACCUGUCACCCAAAAUGGCCAUGGGAAACCGGCAGAUAAUCCUUCAUCAUUUGUGAAUAGAGACUGGAGAAAGAGACCAUGGGGAGACUAUGGAGAAUCAGAGGGAGUAUCUUCUCAACAGCCUAUUGCUAAAGUGGGAUCGGCAGAUUUAGUUAUAGGUGGUCCAGCAGCAGUUGAUGUCAAUUCAAGAGUUGGGGAAGCCUUCUCAGCUCGAGAUUGUGUUCAAGGUUUUCCCAAUAUCAGCACUGUAAACGGGGCGAUAAUCUCAGAAACUGACGAGCACAAGUGUUGUGCAAAGAAGAGCUUGCAAAAGCAUGAUAGCUGCUGUGAUCUCAUUGCAGAAAAUGUGGACCCAAUCGGGAAUCUGAAACAAUUCCAUGACAGUUCAACAUGUAGAAGCAAAAAGACUUGGGCAGAUAUGGUUGAAGAAGAUGAACAAGGGUCGUCAAGCGGAAGAACUAAUUGUCUGGAAAGGAAACAAGUUUAUCCCUCUCAGGAAUCUCCAUUUUCUUCCAAGACUGCAACUUGGGGCUGUGAUGGAUGGAGCAGUGGAGAAUACAAUGAUGAGAAUAAGAAUUCAAACGAGACUCAUCAGCUUCUCACUCCACUCAAUCAGAUAGAGAAUUUGAGCCAAAAGAUGGAAUCUUUUGAUCUGAAAGAUGGAUAUUACACCCAACCUGGAAAUCCUGCUUUCCCAACCAACAGAACAGUGAGGAGGCCUUUAUGCUUCGAUCAGCAACAGGAACCGGGAAGAAGUGGCGAUUAUGGUUCAUCGCCAUUGCCAAAAAAGACCUUGAACUUUGAAGGCCGUAACAACUCUUGGCUGGAGAAUGGAAGAGAAGAAACUUCUGGAAGCGGCGUAAAAUUAUUGAGGAGAAACAGGCUGCAGGUGUUCAGGGAUAUAACUCUUUCUUGUGAAAGCCCAAGGGGUGAAUCAGAAGAGAACAACCUUUCUUCUUAGUGCAUUGCUUUGUCCAUCACUUGCACUCUUUGUUUGCUGUGUUCAUGGUGUGUAGGUUUUGUAUAUACAGUACAUACAUAUACUCAUACUGUUGCUUUGUUUGCCCAUUUCUAUCUUUGUACUUUUUAUCUCCAAUUUUUCUCCUUCUCUUGUUCUUAACUUUCAGAUUUCUUCUUCGGUCCUCUAGCAAUGUUUACCUUCAAUUCCUAUGCUCCCUCUGUUAUCCAAAAUCCAAAUGCUCUCUAGGAAACCCAUUCCUUGUCAUUAAUGGAGCCUGGAGAGACUAGAUUAAUAUAGCAUUACAUUCUUUAAGAUAUAGAUUUGCUAAUUUUUGGAUAGUUUCAUGUCGUAAAAUUUAUAAAUUUUAAGUGGGGGACUAGCGAUCCUAUAUCACUCACCAUCAACAAGGCAUAAGAUUAGAGUUGACAGGCCACGGAAGAAGUCGAAAAACUCCAAAAAAGAUUCCUAAGUUCAGUGCUAUUGAGAGAAACACUACUAAGAAUGUGCCAAAACGGACAAAAAUCUGAGUUGCGAAAGGUGUAAAGUUGCAAAUUUAUAAAUCUGAGACCACAACCAAUAAAAUUUGG